AUGUCGACCAUACAGGAACAGUCCUAUUCAGAGAACAGCGAUCGAGGAAAGUCGCGAGCGUCCAAAGCAUGUGCUCGCUGUCGAAUCAAGAAACAAAGAUGCUCUGGUGGUACACCGUGCAGCAACUGCAAACUUGCCGAUGCUUUAUGUCACUUCGGGAAUAUCAAGAGGACACAAAGAAAGAUGUUUCCUGAACACUAUGUGCGGGCAUUGGAGGCACAGCAACAUAAACUAGAGACUGCCGUACACACCAUGUACUACAGGCUGCUUGCUGCAAACGCAUGGCCCGGGCCGAAACUGAUCGAGCAUGGAGGCAACCCACUCGUCCACGAUGUACUCGCAGUGUUGGGUCUACUAGAGACCACACAAGAGGACAGAAGCCGCCACAGCUACAACCAACCCGAGCUCGGCUCUCCAGGCGGCGAUGAAUCUGUUGCGGAAAGCCCAGAGCAGCAGUACCAGGAACGUCGGAACUCGCUGCCUUCCCAACCCCACAGUGUCCACCACUCGCGCAACGAGUCCAACCAUUCCUUGCCAUUGGUGCCGGAAGAAGCUCGUUGGUUUGGAGGCAUCCCCGAGCUGUUAUCCAGAUCGGCCACCGGCGAACAUUCCUUGACAGCACCACGUCGGUUGGACUUUGUGCCACCAGCGGAUUCCUUGAGCAGAUCGAAUAUGCCAGCAGGAAGCACUCAACAACAAGCUCAAUCUUUGCCCUCAAGCUUCGGUCAACAACAGCUACUCCAAGCUGCUGGGAGCUCACAGAACGCUGUGCAACCAUCCACGAAUCUCGAAGCGAUGAACUGGGAACUCUUUGACAAGUCUACCGCGUGGUGGUAUGGGGACGAGGAGGAUACAGGACAACAGCAAGACCUACAGGACAACCGUAUCACAACAACGGAUGGCUCCUUGAAUCUGGAGGGUCCAUGUGAAUUGGACGGGCUGUGGCAAUCCACGCAAACAGAGGUCGAUCCGCAAGCGAUACCUCCUGACGAUGAGACCAAAAUGGAUAGAGAGCUCCCCGCACAUUUCUUCAGGAUUGGCUGGUGA